UGGCACUUUCAUGUAAAGAGUUAAUUUCCCUAAGUGCCGAUGGAGUGCUGUGAAGUCAAAAGUCAGACUGCUGCUUCUUCUCCCAUCACAACAUAAUUGCCGUGGAAACUGUUUUCUUGAAUGCUGGGAUUUAGAGACAAACUGGGAUUGGAAAUCAGGAGAAAAUCUGUCUGAAGUGAGACUGAGUCAGAUCCUUUGAACUCGGAGAGUGGUGGGUCUCUGGCUGAGCUGAAAUAACAACAGAAUAACAAUGAAAAAGCUCCUGUGAGGAACUUUGGAUUGGUGUUGAUUUUGGCAACCCCUGUGGAGGAAGUGGUACCCUUUCAUCCUGGACAUGUAAGAUGUUCUUCUUCCUGCUGCCUGUCGUGGCUCUCUUGCUGAGCGGAGAAACGACGGUCUCCGGUAACAGUAACGACAAAUGGCUGAGCACUGUGUCUCAGAACAAGGACAGAUCCUGGAACAGAUUCAGAGAUGAAGCAGAGGAUGACUACUUCAAAAGCUGGGCGCCUGCCAAGUCUCUAGACCAAGAGCGAGGGGCUGAACCGAGCAGAUUUGGAGACCCAGAAACUAAAGCUCACUCUAGCUCAGUCAAGAAGACAGCACAGGAAGGUCCAGAUGCCACUAAGGACCCCUGUCUGAAGGUACGAUGCCCUCCUCACAAGGUGUGUGUUAGCCAUGACUACCAGACAGCCAUCUGCACCAAUCACAAACAGCCAGCUCACAGUGUGAAACCCAGAAAAGGCAGUGCAGGUCACAAGCACAGGGUUGAAGCUGGUGCUCAUGGGAAAUGUAAGCUCUGCUCAGCGAUUCAGUCAAGUCCUGUGUGUGGCUCUGAUGGACACACCUACACCUCCAAGUGUAAGUUGGAGUUCCAGAGCUGCCUGUCGGGGAAGUCGAUCUCCUUAAAAUGUGAUGGGUUGUGUCCCUGUUUGCCCAGUCAGGAGCUCAGCAAGCCAUCACACAGGACUGAGAAGGCUGCCUGCACUGACACAGAGCUGCACAGCCUGGCUGCCAGACUCAAGGACUGGUUCGGAGUUCUCCACCUCGAUGCCAACAGAGACCUCAAAUCCUCUGACAGCUUUGACUCUGCCACUGGACAUUUUGACACCAGCAUCUUGCCCAUCUGUAAGGACUCGCUGGGCUGGAUGUUCAACAAGCUAGACAUGAACUUUGACCUCCUGCUGGACCAAUCAGAGCUGAGUGCCAUUUAUCUGGAUAAGUACGAGCUGUGCAUGAAGCCCCUCUUCAACUCCUGUGACUCCUUCAAGGAUGGAAAGCUGUCGAACAACGAGUGGUGCUACUGCUUCCAGAAGCCUGAUGGUCUGCCGUGCCAAAGUGAGAAGAGCAGGAUCCGGAGUCAGAGUCGAAGGAAGAGCCUCAUAGGCUCUUACAUCCCGCGCUGUACGGAGGAGGGCUACUUCAAACCGACCCAGUGUCACGGCAGCACUGGCCAGUGUUGGUGUGUGGACAAAUACGGCAAUGAGAUUGCUGGCUCUAGGAAACAAGGCAAUCCAAACUGCGACGAGGAUCAGGAGACAUCAGGGGAUUUCGGCAGUGGGGGUGCAGUCAUUCUCCUUGAUGACCAGGAGGAGGAGCCAUCACAGAGUGGGCGGAGCCGGCAGAAGAAGAGACGGGGCCGGAUUCACCCCCGAGGAGCCAUUGAGGACGACGAGGACGAGGAAGAUGAUAAGGAUGACGAGAUGGGCUAUGUUUGGUAGCUCUGCUCCAUCUAAUUCUGCCAUCAGCCGACCAGGAAACUCCCGUUAACUCAGCACAGAUCUGAAGCCAUUCCAGUCUCUCCUCCUCCUUCUCCUCCUUGGCUGCAGUCCAUCUUUUGACUCCUGAACUCCUGUCAUCUCUCUUACUUCAGUGAGCCUCAUCUGACUUCUUAUUUUCAAUGUUUUGCUCUUUCGUCCGACAGAAAACAGAGGGACUAUUAGAUUUCAACAACUGUCAAGACCUGUCAGAAUCUGUUCAGAAAAUCCACUUGCUCCUUCUUCUUUCCCCCACACAUGUGAUCUCUAACCUUCCUAACAUGGAAUCACUUCUCUAAAUCCUCUAUUACACCCUCUCCUUUCCUCCUCUCUCGUAUCCCCUCCCUUUCCCUCUCCCUAUGUGUCCAUGUCAGAGCCUCUGGUCAGUCUGUGAGCCCAGACACAUUAGCUGGAUGUAAAUAUGUUCCCUCCAGGAAGUCCAGAUUGUGGAUUACCUUUCCUGUACUUCUAUCAGCGGUUCAUUCUUAUGUUCUGUGUUUCUUCAUCGGGCUCUUUCCAGUGUUCAAAGAUGUUCCUACGCCAUGUUCCCCGGCUCUGAGAUGCUCCCCUCUCUCUCUGUUUCUCCAUGGAGGAUUGUAAAUUAUUUAACCGUUGAUCUUGAAUGUCCCAGAAAGCCCAGGAAGCAAUGAGAUUAAUGAUGUAUUGUCGUUGUUGUUGCAUGUUUCUCAUCGUGUUUCUGUAAAAGAGAGAUUUACCUGGCAAAGGUCUAGCUCUAUGCAUCUCAAACAGAAAGUGAUGCCUAUUCGGCUGCUACAAUACUUUGUUGCUAUGUUGAUGCUGUCUAGUGUCUUUUUUUGGUUUCUUCUCCCAAUCUCAGGAGGUAGAAAGUUGCAUUGCAGAGCGAUAGCAGCGUAGGAAAAGUGAACUGCAAUGCCUACAGUCCAAAUCUGGGGCGUCUCAGUCGGCUGUGCUUUUGCUAAAGAAAAAAAGUAGGGCCGCUGAGGCUGUUCGACUGACUGUGCAAGGACACUAGUGGAAAAAGCUACUCCUGAGCUGGGAGGAAACAUGAAGGUGAGCAGAGAAGGGGCUCUGUACAGCCUCCUAACAUUGGAUAUGUUCAGUGAAAAGUUAAUGAUUGAAAUCUUCACCAUGUCAACUAAGUGAACUUUUAUUUGUAACUUUGAAAAUUUAAGUAAAGUGGCACUUUGGGUGUCUUUUGAACCUUA